AUGACGAGGGUACCCUUUGGAACGACUUCUAGCCCAUUUCUCCUGUCUGCUACCAUUCAGCAUCACCUUGCCAGCGUAGCUGGUGAGUAUGAAGCAACUGCGAUGAAACUUAAGCAGUCAUUCUACGUGGACGAUCUGGUCACCGGAGCAGAUUCAGUAGAACAAGCGUGGGCUUUGUAUCAAGAAGCACUGCAGAUCAUGAAAGAAGCUGGAAUGAAUCUUCGCAAGUGGAUGACUAAUAACGAAGAUCUGCGGUUGUUAUUGAAUGGUGGGCAGAAGCAGCACACCGAAAUCACGAAAACGGGACCUCACCUGUUAAGUCAAGAGAAAAUUCUAGGCGUGUCGUGGGAUAGAGGUCAAGAUAAGCUACAAGUCGCCCUGAAGUCCCUAUUCACUUUUCUUUUAGAAACAGCUGACACCAAGCGCUACGUUUUACAGGCUUCGUCAAGAAUAUUCGACCCCUUGGGGAUCCUCAGUCCGUUUACCGUCCGCGUCAAAAGGCUUUUCCAGAAACUGUGGAUUAAUGGAGUCGAGUGGGAUGCAGGACUUCCAAAUGGAGUACUACAGGACUGGAAAUCGUGGUGUAAGGAACUUCCUACGCUACGUCUCGUCAGUGUCAGCCGGUACGUCGGCAUACGAACCACCGACAGCAGAAGACAUCUUAGGCUGUAUACCUUCUCAUACGCCAGCAUUCACGCCUACGGCGUAGCAGUCUACGUCAAGGUAGAAGAUGAGCUAUCCCAGUUGCUAGUAGCUAAGGUCAGAGUUGCCACACUGAAAGAGUUGACCCUUCCAAGGCUCGAACUGAUGGGAGCACUUGUGGCGGCACGACUGGUCAGUUACGUCCGUACCGCUCUUUUUGACUGUUCUGUUGAUUGCCAUUUUUGGACGGAUUCGUCUAUUGUGCUUUGCUGGAUUCAAAAUGAACCUACUCGUUGGAACCAGUUUGUGGCAAACCGAGUAGCAGAAAUCCGAACACUCAGCAGUCUUGAAACGUGGAGUCAUUGUAUCAGCAGCGAUAAUCCAGCGGAUCUCUUGACAAGAGGCAUCACAGCACAACGUUUGGUGGAAACACAACUAUGGUGGAAUGGUCCCCAAUGGCUUAACAAUGAUCCUGCUGAGUGGCCACUCGACAACGGUUUAGUCCACGAAACAGAUUACGAACUACGGCACAACCACGUGAAGAGACAGCACGCUCUUCACGUGACAAUGGGACCCGUGGAGGCUAUUCUCGACAUCAACAGAUACAGUUCGUUGGACCGUCUAUUAGAAGUAACAUCCUAUGUCCAGCGGUUUGCCAGGAAUUGCUUGAACCCUCAAGACAGAAAAACUGGCCCAUUGACUCCUAAUGAGCUACAGGAGGCCAGGGUUUACUGGAUUCGUAGGGUUCAAGAAUGUUCUUACAAUGAAGGUCGUGGUCAUGUGCCUCCCGCGUUGAAGGACCUUCAGUUUUUCGUGGAUACCAAGGCAUCAUUAGAGCCAAAGGACGCCUUGAACAUCUACAAACGUCUGAACAAGAGAAGCAUCCAAUCAUCCUGCCGGCCGAUCAUCAUUUUACGGCUCUGGUGGUACAGAAGGCCCAUACUCGAGUACUUCAUCGAGGCGUUCAGAGCACUCUCGCGGAACUCCGAGAAUAUUGGGUUCAGCGGGGUCGGCAAUCAGUGA